CCUAUCACCAUAAUGGAUAUCUUAACAUCUGAUUACCCCGACACAUCUGGUACAGAUGAUGACCCAAACCCCGAAGAAUCUGAUCAAUCCACCAUCGAAGACAAUUGUGACACUCUCACAUCUGAUGAUCUGGUGAAAUCGAUAGUCCAAAGUCUCUUAACAUCUGGUCACAAAGGACCCAAGAUUCUACAAAUCCUUCGUGAACAGCAUGGCAUAUCUAUGUCAGCUAGUACCCUCACUCGCAAACGGCAGACCUGGGCACUUAGGCAAGUCGACCUUCCACAAAAACCCCCGAAACUCCUUGAUCCCAUGGUCCGAGCAUCCAUCUUGUCAUCCCACUCAAAAGGCCUCAACUUAAAAGAAAUACAAGCUCGAUUGAACAAUGAGACCGGUGUUAGUGUCUGCUCACGGACUGUCAAGCGUUAUAUGAACCAACUACAAGUGAAAAUCCUCCGGAACGAUGUGGCGGAUGGCAAGGUGACCAUGGUGGAAGUGUAUGAAGCUGUUGCACAUGCACGAGAGUACUUACUACAAGACCAAGCUGGCUAUAGGAGAAUGAGAACCAUCCUCUUGAGAAACUACAAAAUUCAGAUUCCCAGGCAAAUGGUCUAUGAUGCGCUCAAACAUAUUGAUCCAGAAGGCAUGGCUGCCCGAUUGCGGCAAACCUGCAAACGUCGCAUCUUCAGGACCCAUGGACCAAACCACGUUUGGGCUUGUGAUGGCCACGACAAAUUGAAAAAGUUCGGCAUAACGGUCUACGGGUUCAUUGAUGCCUGGUCUCGAAAAAUCCUAGGCCUCCACGUCCACGUCACAAAUAAUGAUCCUCGUCAUAUUGGAGUGUACUUCCUCCAAUUGGUCCAAAAAGUAGGUGGAGUCCCUCGGAAGGUCACUGCUGACCAUGGUACAGAGACUCCUGAUAUGUCAUGGUAUCAAAUGAAGCUCUCUCAUGAAUUUGCUGGAAUCACCCUUGAGGAAGCCAAGAACCGGAUGCAUCACACCAAGUCCACCCGAAAUCAAAAAAUUGAAGCAUUAUGGUCUCAGAUGAUGAAACAGCACAACCGAUCAAUCAUUGACAACAUUUGGAGUCACAUUGAGGCUGGUGUGUAUGACCGUGAAGAUCCAAUUCAAAAGCUACUCUUCCUUUUCCUCUGGAUCCCGGUAUUCCAAGCAAGUGUGGAUAUCUGGGUUGAUCUCACGAACAACUCUCGUAAGCGAAAGGACCACAACAUAAGUCUUCCGACCGGUUGCUCUCCCGAUUUCUCCUAUAGCACACCAGAGGCAUUUGGCACCACAGAUCAACUGGUGGUUGUUGAUGUUGACCGAGUAAACAACUACUUAACAAAUGAUUACCCCAACAUUGAUAGUAUGUUUACCCACACCCCACCUUGGUUCCACAACGUUGCAUCAAGAUUACUCUCCCAACUUGGGAUCCGAUUUGACCACAUUACUGUAGGGAACGUGUGGAAUGUUUUUGGACACAUGAUUCCACACAUUCAAGCACAUUUCACACUCUAUCCACCUUCCCCAGUUGAUCUCCUAGAGAUUCCCCCUUCACCAGAUGACGAAGAGUCUGAUUAUGAUACUGAAGAUUCUCAUGAUGAACAGCAGAAUGAAGGUGCUGAAUAA